UAUCUCUCUCUCUCUCUUGUGGAAGCAAGAAAUAAGAAACAACAAACCUCGUAACUCUUCAUCUUCUUCUUCUUCUGUCUUUAAUUCUGUCCAAAUCAUCAUCACCGUCACCAUCAUAAUCAUUUAAUUCCAGAAUCUUCUUCUUCUUCCACCGCUUUUAUUUUCUAUCUUUCUGUGUUAUUACUUUCACAACACACAAACUUUCUCUCUCUUUCUCAAAUCUCUGUCUCUGAUUGUCCCAUUUCCCAAAGUUUCUUAAUUUUUUCCUCAAUUGUGUUUAUUCUCUUCCGGGUCAUUCUCUUUUGCUUCUUGAAAUGCCUAAUUGGACCAAAAACAAAGGGUACACUCAAAAUCCUCAGGUGGGUCAGUGGCAAUCCCCAUCCUUUAAUGGAAAACCACCUUUGGAUAAAAGGUUUUCAACAGUGCCUCCGUGGGAGAAGAAGUUUUGUUAUUCGGUUGGCUCAGUUCCAUGGCGAAAUGUAGUAGAAUGCAAGAGGUAUAUGCAUCUGCAUCCCGAUGUGGUAAACUGGGACGACUCUGCUGUCAAAGAAGCAUUUGACAAUGCAAAAAACAGGUUUUAUGCGGAGUUCAACGGCUUUCCCUGCGACAUACCAUCGCCUGAUCCUAACCUAUACAUUGACGAUGUAGAUUGGAAUGCAACUGUUGAUCCUGAACUUUAUCUGGAUCUGGAUAUAGAAGCAGAGACCCGCCGCAACAUGGAACAAAAAGCUGAGGAGCCUGUGAUUCUCGGCAGUUCUCUACUCUUGAAUCAGUCCUUUUCUGGUCCAGGAUGGCCGGAACCUACCGGAUGGGGGGACGAAGAAGAAAAAGAAGUAACAAAGCCUUCUGAACCAACAAAAACUGAGGAGCCUGUGAUUCUCAGUAGUUCGUUCCUCUUGAAUCAGUCCUUUACUGGUCCAGGAUGGGGACCUACCGGAUGGGGGGACGAAGAAGUAACAAAGCCUUCUGAACCAAAUUAUGCUGCCCAUGGAUGGGAAUCAAACCAACAUGAAAAUAUUGAAACAAACUCAUGGGAACAACAGUAUCAUGCUCCCGUUGAUGAACAUGCAAAAGAAUAUGGAUGGUGGCAAACUGGUCAGAGUGAUUAUCAUGGAUGGAAUCAAGGAUGGAAUCAGGGAUGGAAUCAGAGGGAGCAAUAUGGUGGUGGCUUGCAUAACAAGUGUCAAGAAAGAAAUGCUGGGAGUGGAAAUUGGGCAGCGGGGGAUGGAUAUAACAGAAAGAGAGAAAACAACAUGUCAUGGUCUAAGAACCCUGGAUAUCAUCAUGGUGCUAAUGAUUAUCAGAUGAAUAGAGGAAGAAGAGGAAAUGGAGGAAGUAGUGGAGGUGGAGGAAGGAGGGCCAAUUUUGGUUAUGCGGACAAGGUAGCUACUUCUGGUGCAUGGUAAAUGAAGAUCAAAUACCUUGGACUGCAAGCAAAGACUCCUAUGAUGAAGCUGAUAAAGGGUCAGUUUUGUGGAAGUAGUUGAGGAUAUAAGUUUUGUUAUCUCGUUAUUAGAUAUGUGAUAUUAUAUCAACAUAAGAAUUAUGGGUUUUUCUAUUUUUUUACAUUCAUCACAUGGAUUUAUGGUCUAUUUGUGUUUGUACUUUAAGAAAUGUUUUUCGUGGUGACAGAUAAUCCGGUGCAUUACUGGUAUUAUUGAAAUAUGAAAUAAGCAAUUACUAUUAAAUGAAGCUAAAUUGUUUAA